AUGGGAGUGAAGAUGGGUGUGAAGACAAGUGACGUAGGAGAAUCAAGUGGGAAAAGAAAUGAUUCUCAGGAAGUCCAAGUUGUGGGAGAAACGUCAAAGAAGAAAGUUGAUUCUUAUGGAUGCAUUAACUUUUCACCAAGUUUGAACAGCGAUACAGCAGAAAGUUUGGAAGAAAUUAGAGAAGACAUGUGCAGAAAGUACAACAAUCAGAAUCCAAAGGAUCAUGAUUGGGAGAUGAUAGAAACUCAACUUCGUGAUACAUACAGCUUACAGAGAUACAAUAUCAACGAAGGAGAAAGCGUCAGGGAUCUGUUGUCUAAAUGGCCAUUUUUAUUCACAGAGAGGGGUCUGUUUCUCCAUUUCAAGCUACUGGUUGGGCUGGAUAUCAGAAACACAAUCUGCGAAGCUUUUUCUAAGAAAGCUCACAGACUGAACAAGUUUUUUAAAACAGAAGAAUCUGGUAUUUGUAAAGAAGCUGAUGAAAUCAUCAAAGAGGCUAAAGCUCAAAGUGCAAAGGACAGUGUUAUUGCUUGGCUACCUGCUAAUAUCCUUGCUAUCAUGAAGUACUUCUCAGAGAAGGAAGAACAACUAUUCUUGACAGUUGAUGACACGUCUACCAGAGCUGAAGUUGAAGCUGCAGACACAGAUGGCUUGCCACGGAUAGUUUGCUCUGGCAGGAGUGUUAUGGAGGCCAAAAAGUUCAGGAUUGUGGUUGACAGAGUGGUGGUGAUGUCUGACUUGACAAGCUUUAUAACAUCCCUGAGUGCCCUGUUUGCUCUCUUUUACAUUCUGAACAUUCAGUACCAACAUGGAGCAUCAGCUACCUUGGAAUUCAUACAAAGAUGUUUCGUUGGAAUCAACCCAAACAGGGGCAGCAAGAGUGACCGAAAAAGGAAAUCUAGUUGUGCUGGAAGUGUAAAUGCCAAGGUUCUGCGACUUAUCAACCAAAUGGCGAAUUUUGAAUGGACUACCUGUUAA